CGGCGCGUUCCGGGCUACCAUAGAAGCUUCCCGUUAUGGAUUACAUACUUGGCGAUAACUCCUAAGUACCUAUCCUCGCUAACUUAAAGGAUAGUGAAUAAUAUGAUGUCUAUGUCACAAGAAAACGAAUAGGAGACUAGGUAUACUAAGAGAUGUGAUAUUUUAUAAUUAUUUCAAUGAGCGCCGUAGGUAUUCCGUAAUUGUUAGGAAAUAAAACUUUGAAAAAUUUAGGCGGACUGUUCUGUUUUAAUAAGCCGGUGUACAUAGUACGAAGUAUUUAUGUACCUACGUACUUCAAUUGUAUCGAGUGACGCCAGUCCUUUUCUUAUCGGAGCUCCUUUUUAUCUAAACAGUUACCUACCAUACACCCAUACACUCAUCCACCCAAACACCAACAACCUAUCCUGUUAUUCUAUAUAGCACCGGCACAGGCUAGAAAACAAUUGAAGACCAGGUAGUAUCAACAUGGUCAAGCCACUGUCUUUCAAAGGCGACAAGAAGCCCAAGAAGAGAAAGCGUACCGAAGCGGACCCGACUGCUGAAGAUGCGGGCCCUAGCAAUCUCGCGGUUGCCACGACGGCCGAAGGUGCAGAAAACGACGAUAGCUGGGUAUCAGCUGACGCUGUCGGGGAUGUUCAAGGCCCGGUUAUGAUCGUACUUCCAACAGAACCCCCGACCUGCCUAGCUUGCGAUGCCAAUGGCAAGAUCUUCACCGACCCCAUCGUGAACAUCAUUGAUGCGAAUCCUGCCAGCGCCGAACCCCACGAUGUGCGCCAGGUUUGGGUCGCGAACAAGAUCUACGGCACCGAGAACUUUAGGUUUAAAGGCCGCUACGGAAAGUACCUCAGCUGCGACAAGUAUGGCAUCCUUAGUGCGACAUCCGAAGCUAUAUCGCCUCUCGAAACGUGGACAGUGAUUCCGACCCCUGACACACCGGGUACAUUCCAGAUCCAGUCGCAAAGUGAAACUUUCUUGACUAUCAAGGAGCCUACCAAGGCAAAUGGCACACCCGAGGUCCGUGGAGAUGCUACAGAAAUAAGCUUCGAUACUACAUUGAGGAUUCGCAUGCAAGCGCGAUUUAAACCUCGACUUAAGGCAACGAAGGAAGAGAAGGCGAAGGAAAGGAUCAGUCGAAAAGAGCUUGAGGAAGCUGUAGGCAGGCGACUUAAUGAGGAUGAAGUUAGAAAUCUGAAGAAGGCGAGAAGGGAGGGCGAUUACUAUGAGCAGCUACUGGAUCUGAAGUCCAAGAACAAGCACGACAAAUAUUCGUGAAAGGGAUGGGCAAAAUUAUUGGAUUAUGCGUUCGGCUUCCAUGCUUUGAUAAAUCCAUCUUCGCCCGCGCUAAAAACCGUCUGCGCCUCGUCGUAGA